AUGGCUGGCUUUCCGCUUCUGUACCCAGACAACCGUGAAUUAACGGGAGGCGACCUGCUUGCCCAGUCACUCAAGCGUAUAGGCGUGGAGGUUGCUUUUGGCCUUCAUGGCGGCCAUCUUGAUUCUUUCUUUAUGGGCUGCGAGUCCGUGGGUAUCCGCCUCGUGGACACGAGGCAUGAAACUGCCGCCGUCCAGGCCGCUGAGGGAUACUCGCGAAUUAGUAACAAGCUGGGAGUAUGCUUUGUGACUGCUAACAGUGGCUUUUCCAACGGACUGGCUGGUCUUGCUACAGCCUAUGGUGAUCGGAGUCCCAUUCUCUGCAUCACUUCCUCGCCACCAACUCGAGAUACCGAGAACAAUUCCCUGCAAGGCUCAAUCGACCAAGUUGUAGCGGCACAUCCAAUAACAAAAUUUGCACAUCGGGUUACAACUCCAGAAGAGUGUCCAAGAAUUCUGUCGCAUGCCAUUCGAGUCGCGCAAUCGGGAGCUCCUGGCCCCGUCUUGCUUGACUUCCCAAUUGAUGUACUAUUCUCUCCUAUACAACCCAAACUCAUAUCGUGGGGAUCAAUUGCUUCGCCUCCCUCGUUUCCUCCCGGGCCUCAUGCAGACGCAGUUAGUGCGGCUGCUCAACUGCUUGCUCGUUCCAAACGACCAGUGAUUAUCACUGGAACUGGCACCAAAUCUCUUUCGGCACGGAAGAAUCUGGUGCAGUUUGCUGAGACAUGCAGCGUGCCCAUCUUUAACACCUCCAAAUUCGCACUGUUCACCGAGAACUCUCCCAUGCUAUCUCGAAGCACAGCCGGAGACCUGGCUAAACUGCCACUUCUUAAUCUCCCUCGACCAGAUCUUAUUUUCCUUCUUGGUGCACGCACGGGCAUGUUUCUCGGUGGCAGGGGUGGUGCUAUCAUUCCGCCUCAAGACUGUGCGUUGAUUCAAGUGGACUGCGGCGGAGGAGAAAUUGGCCGCACGCUACCAGUUGAUCUAGGAAUUGUUUCCGACGCGGAUGCCUUUGUGACAGCGAUGAAGCUGAAGGUCUCAACUGCCCAUCAAAGUGCAGUUGACAAGCAAUGGGUUCAAACCGUACUUGGUCUAGCGACUCUGGAACUUCCUUACGAAAAGGAGCCCGAGACUUUGGACUCUGGGCUUCUACAUCCGUACCAUGCAGUAAAGCACGUCUUCUCCGCUGUUGAGCCCGGAAGCAUUGUGGUCCUGGACGGGGGCGAGGCAGGGGCAUGGGCAGGCAAUCUUGCCAUGCACUGCCAGCCCAGCGCUAUGAUGACCGCAACAGGCUAUCUAGGCUUUCUGGGCACUGGCUUUGGAUACUCAUUAGGUUGUGCCAUUGCAGCCCCUGAUCGAAAAAUUGUCAACAUCCAGGGAGACGGGUCUGCGGGUUUUCACUUGAUGGAGCUCGACACAUACAAAAGACUCAAUCUCAACAUCAUGACCGUUAUCGUCAACAACUCCAGCUGGGGUAUGAGUUCCAAUGGACAGGAUAUAGUCUAUGGAUCGAAGAACCCAGCAAGGCCCAUUAGCUCACUGAGCCCUGGAACCGAGUACGAUGUCGUUGCCCAGGGAUUACAGAAUGCCGCUGCAAAAGUCUCGCGUAUAUCUGAUAUUGAGAGCACUGUUACCAGCUUCCAAACUAUGAACGGACCAAGCUGUAUCAACCUCAUUGUGGAUCGAAAGCCGGUUCAUCCUGUUACUACCGCGAUGGUUGGAAUGACGGAGGAUCCUGAUUUGAUUGUGGUUCCAUAUUACGAUAAUAUUCCUCGGAUACGCUACAAGCUUUAG